AUGGCUUCGGGAGGGGAGUAAGUAAAAAUAAAAUUUAGCCUCAUUACAGUCCCUUUUUUCUUUAUUGUGUCCAUGAAGUUAUGUGUGUUUUAAAUGGCCAACGUCGGCUCAGUGUGUGUUAGUUUAUAAAGUUAGCUUGAUUGCUAAUACGUCGGCGAGUCAGCUAGCAAAGAGAGCUAAUGGGGUCAGUUAGUUCAGCCUCCGCAGUAUUCGUUUGUCGUUUCGGCACAUUACCCAUUAAAUACACUGAGAGUUGAGUGUUAUUAUCAUUACGCAUGGCCUUUCAUUAAAGCGUUGUCAUCCACACGGUUGUCGUUUACCGGUAUGGGGGUUAGCCAGCUGUGUGACAGCAACUUGACAAAGCACAGUCAUUGCUGUCGUGUUUGGAUGCUAAUGUUAGCCUAGCAUCGGUGUCAAGGCCACAGCCAUCCACCGUCGCACCGACAAGUUGGCCUAGCUUCUGACUGAUAGCGUGUCAUAUAUAAUAUGUUUAAAAAUGAUACAUGAAGCUGCUAACACACACAUACGGUACGAACUUAAGUUAUAAUGGAAAUGUAGCAGCAGGGCAGAAAACGUCAGUCAUCCAGACUGCUAACUUCAUGGUCCUAUACACAGUGCAGUGAAGCUAGCAUGCUAACAGGAUCCAGCUAUUCAUUGUAAGUGAUAGACACUUUACUCGAGCUCCUUUGCUACAAGCUAAAUAGCGAAAAUACACAUUUCCCCAUCGGGUUACAGUAUAGGUUAUGCUUUUUGAUUUACAUUGAUAGUAAAUGUAUAUUCAGUGGACAUAACCGGAUCGCCAGCCCUUCUUUUAGGAAACCCAGCAAGCUACCAAAGUUUUUUCUAUUUCUUUUGCUGUGUCAUCUACGGGGCUCGCCAGGUCUCCAGUCAGUUAGCUGAAAGGCUAGCAGUAGCACGCUAACAAUAUGAAAGGGAAACUACAAUCCAAGUGUUUUCUGGAAACUUCUGGUAUUUCCUGAUGGGAAUACGCACAAUUAAUUUUUCGUUUGUUCUAUCUUUUGACCUUCAUUUAGAAUACAUUAAAAUGGAAAUUACCCAGAGGCAGCGUUGAAACAGACAGCCUCUGCAGCUAAUAUCAUUUAGUCAGCUAUGUUGACGACCUGUUUACACACAGGGGAGACUAUUCGUUUUUGAGCUUUGAACUGAUGCUACAAACAAAAGUAGUUUUCAUAAAUUUGUUAGGAUCUUUACACUGAUGGGAUUUGGGGUUGAGAAGUUCUUGUUACUGACCCCCGCACAACUGUAAAAACUGACACCGCGGUGUCAAGUAAAACCGUGUUUCGAUAAACUCACCCGACACUCUUGAGUUUUUCCAAUGGUUAAUUUAAGCACACUAUCUGUUCAGUUAAAUGCUGUAUAAUGAACUUUAGAAACUAGAAAUUUGCAUCCCAAUUUGACUUGUAAGACCUCAGUGAUUUUUCGAAUGAAAUUCAUGUAUUGCACACAUUUUUGGGACUUGUAUAACUUCUUGAGGGUGCACGAAGUUAAAUGUUUGACCUAUGGCCCAAUUUCUUCUAUUUUUCAUUGUAGAUCCAAAAAUGAUGACUUAGCUACUGCAAUUCUGAAACAGAAGAACAGACCCAACAGACUGAUUGUUGAUGAAUCCAUCAAUGAAGACAACAGUGUGGUCUCCCUUUCUCAGGUAGAGUUUAACAAUAUUUCUGCAUGUCCACUUUUCACAGCUUAUGCCAGACAUUUGUCUUUGUCGCACUGCUAACAGCCUUUCCACUUUUAAAACACUUCCAAAGACACACCUGUUCACUUUAGCUUUUGUGGAAGUAUAGCUACUUUUAUUAGGUAUUUUAUUUUUGAGCUAUGUUUAUCUAUAUUGUUGUUUUUCUGUUUUGUGCUUUUAUUGGUUUUAUAGUUUUUAUUGUUUUUACUUUAAAGCACUUUGGUAGGCCACUGGCUGUUUUUAAAUUUGCUAUAUAAAUAAAGCUGACAUUGACAUAUCAGACAUUUGAAAUGCAUUUUUUCCCUUGAAUAAUUUCUGUGUAAUAACACUGAGGUUCACUAUGUAUCUUAAGACUAAGAUGGAUGAGCUGCAGCUCUUCCGUGGAGACACAGUGCUGAUGAAGGGAAAGAAGAGGAGGGAGACUGUGUGCAUUGUGCUGUCUGACGACACCUGUUCUGACGAAAAGGUUCGCAUGAACAGGGUGGUCCGCAACAACCUCAGGGUCCGCCUUGGUGAUGUCAUCAGGUGAGAAAAGUUGACUAUUAUGCUCUCUUCAGUACUUACCUUUCAAAAAAAGAAAUGGUUUUAACUUAAUUGUCCUACAGCAUUCAGCCAUGUCCUGAUGUGAAGUACGGAAAGAGGAUCCACGUCCUUCCAAUCGAUGACACAGUAGAAGGAAUUACUGGCAACCUGUUUGAGGUUUACCUUAAGCCAUACUUUCUUGAGGCUUACAGGCCAAUCCGUAAAGGUAAGUGAAGUUUUCCUGUCAAAAGGUUUUAUUUUCCUCGCUAUAUGAAUUCUUUUUUAUCAAUGUGUAAUGAAAAUUGGUUUCCUUUUUGCUUUGAAAAGGUGAUAUUUUCCUGGUCAGAGGAGGCAUGCGUGCUGUGGAGUUCAAGGUGGUAGAGACAGAUCCUUCUCCUUACUGCAUUGUCGCUCCUGAUACAGUCAUCCAUUGCGAGGGAGAGCCAAUCAGGAGAGAGGUUGGUUAUUGGCUGAAACACACAUAACAUACACCAAAAACCAACAACUUUACAUUUAACUUGUAAUUUGUCAACAUACAGGAUGAGGAAGAGUCCCUGAAUGAGGUGGGCUAUGAUGACAUUGGCGGAGUGAGGAAGCAGCUGGCCCAGAUUAAAGAGAUGGUGGAGCUGCCUCUGAGACACCCUGCACUCUUCAAGGCCAUAGGAGUCAAGGUAAAGGAAUAAGCAUGAUUCAGCCUCAAUUGUAAGAUUUAAAGUGCUACUAUGUAACUCUAAGGAGCGUGGGAUAAGAAAGUAAAAGAAAUUUAGUAUUUUUAAAAGUAAAGAAAUUGUAUUGCAAACAUGCUUUUGCAUAACAUGACCUAAACACUAGCUUUUCAGAUGUAGUUGAUCGUCCUAUAUUUUAUGUUUGAGACACAGCAAAGUAAGCAAAUGUAAAUCAAGAAGUAAGGACUCUGUCAGAGAGUUUGCUGCAUUCUUAUCAUUUUGGUUUUGAUUUUUUUCUUCUGACUAUAAGUUUGCAUAAUAGAGUUGACAUUGAAGACUGACUGACAUGCAGAGAUACUCAGAUUGUCGUUGGUGGUAUAGUUGAAACAUUUGGUAUGAAUAAGUUUUUUGAUUUAAUCUUUUUUUGUGCCGUCUUCAGCCUCCCCGUGGAAUCCUGCUGUAUGGACCCCCCGGAACUGGAAAGACUUUGAUUGCCAGGGCUGUAGCCAAUGAAACUGGGGCAUUCUUCUUCCUUAUUAAUGGUAUUUGCACCAGAAUAUAUAAGAAUUUUUUUUAAACACUUUUUGGUCAUUUCAUGCUUUUACAGAUAUAAUUCAGAUAUGAUUGUUUUGUAUUGUAUAAUGUAUUUUUCCCAAUCCUGCUCUAUUAUUUUUUCUAUUAGUAGGGGCCUUACUUUGUUAUUUGCACAUAUUUCUUAACUUGGUCAAAGUGUUUCCUUUUGGAAACUAAAUGUUCCUAUCUCCAUUUCAGGUCCUGAGAUCAUGAGUAAGUUGGCAGGAGAAAGCGAGAGUAACUUGAGAAAGGCCUUCGAGGAGGCAGAGAAGAAUGCUCCUGCCAUCAUCUUUAUCGAUGAGCUUGACGCAAUCGCUCCUAAGAGAGAGAAGGUGAGCUGGAAGAGAAGAAAACUGAAUACAGUGUCUAUUUUGAAUGAAAUUUAGAAUGGCUAUUGUUUACCAGACCUGGACAAGAUAGUCAUGUCUAGACAGUUUCAGAGUGAAUUAUGUUCAACAACCCUUGUUUUGCCCUUUGCAGACACAUGGGGAGGUGGAGCGGCGCAUUGUUUCCCAGCUGCUGACUCUCAUGGAUGGCCUGAAACAGAGAGCUCACGUCAUUGUCAUGGCCGCCACCAACAGACCCAAUAGCAUCGACCCAGCUCUCAGGAGAUUUGGUAAGUUGUUUGGCAGUAGUAAUUGGAAUCAUCCAAUGCCCAUCCAGGUAUUAAAGAGCAAAAUGGUAUAAGAAAUGCACUGACAGAUGUGAUAUGACUUCAUGUCUGUAAGCCUGGCCUCAUUACUUGGUGCUUUUUUAUCGAUUUAUUUGACUCAUCACUGUGAGUCGCAAGUAAUUGACAUACAGUUUAAUUCAGUUUUAUCAACACUACAGUACUUACAAGGCUAGUAUGUAAUAUCAUGUGAAAGAGCAGCUUUGCAAUUAGAUAUGAGCUGGUUUUCAUUAAAAUUAUCUUAACUUACAAUUAGUGAAACGGAGUACACAGAGACAGAGGUUAAUGAAGACAGAGACUCUUCAUCUCAAAGAGGUCUACAAUGGUACCAUCAGCUUUACUUUGGUGGAUUUAUAUACCAGAUAAACAUUUCUAAAGAGGAGCUGAAGAUACUUCGUCUUGUGCUGUAUAAUUUGAAGCUGCUCUACUAAUGUGGCUCACUAGACCAUGUUGUUAUAUCACUGAUCAAAACUGCUGGCUGCUUUUUUAUCUGUGGACUCUGCAGUUCACCGCUGGGUCAGUUCACUGCUUUGUAGUUCCCCAUUUUUAACAGCAUUUAGGUGAUGAGAACGUUUUUGACAGCCUCGACAAAGGGUUGGAGUUGGAUUUGUCUUAUUCAUCAAAUACUGAUGCUCAAACUUUUGGUUGCUACCUUUUGACUGACUAGACGAGUAGAGAAAGCUUGUCUCCUGCAGAUUGAGUGCUUAAAUUAUCUUAAGGUGUGUCUACCAUGUGUAUUGUGACUCCUCACUCGUUUCUUCAAACACCUUCUCCAGGACGUUUCGAUAGGGAAGUGGACAUUGGCAUUCCCGACGCUACAGGCAGACUGGAGAUCCUCCAGAUUCACACCAAGAACAUGAAACUGGCUGAUGAUGUUGACUUGGAACAGGUCUGUGCACAUAAUUGUUUACCUGCUGUUGAGCUACACCACAACUGACGCACAUUUGCCCUGAAGAGAGAGAGAAAGUCACAUGAUUAUUAUGUCAGCCUGUCAAUGUAAACUAACACAGCAAGUGACAUUUCAUGUGUAGAGUUAGUUCAUCAGUGUUAUGGGCAUUGUAAUUCCAUUGAAGGUGUGCAUUGUGGGUAAUACAGGGCAGGAAUUUAUUUCUUUGUUUCUUCAAAAUGCUUCCAUAGGUCGCCAAUGAGACUCAUGGCCACGUGGGUGCAGAUCUGGCUGCUCUUUGCUCUGAGGCCGCUCUGCAGGCCAUCAGGAAGAAGAUGGACCUGAUUGACCUUGAGGACGAGACCAUUGAUGCUGAAGUCAUGAACUCGCUUGCAGUCACAAUGGAUGACUUCAAGGUGACAACUAGGGAUGUGCCUAUAUAAGAUUUAAUUGCGAUGUGCGACGAGUGGUAGCGCGACUUAGUGGAGGCGAGCGAAGCUGAGUACUUACCAACGUAACCCGCUUGUAGUCUUACCCAUGGUGUCAAAGCGUCGGUAGCAAAAUGUACAAACCACCACAGAAGUAGUCCCGAAUCCAAAAAAUCCGAAUCCACCCACAAUGCGUGCGGCCACCCAAAGCACUGUUGGAGUGUGUCCACAAUGCAUCCCAUCCGCUCAUUAGCUUCUUAAAGUGGAGGAGAUAUGAUCUAAUAUUUAAUAAAACAAAUAUUAGAUCAUGACAACAUGUCAAAUGGAGCAGGAAACUUUUGUUCUGUUUUUAUGUGUCCCAAAAAUGCACAUAUAGAGGUGUACUUGGGUACAUAAACUGGACAGUUAGCUGUCAUGGUAGAGAACAUUAUAUUUUCGGGACCGCAAAUAUUCCGAAUCAGAGGGCUUUUGUUUUCGGCUUAUCUGAAUAGUCUGAAUGAAAUAAUUAAAGGCACACGCUUUUGAAUCCACCCAACGGUGAGGAAAACUUUGAUUAUUUCGCCUUGUUAUGUACUUUCAACUGCGCUGCCGUCAGGGGGGCAUUCAACGGCAGGGGUGCAUUCUACGGUAUAACACCGGACCAAGAACAGUCGGAAAGGUUUCGUCGGCAGUAUGGCGAUUUACGGCUUCACAAAACAGAGGGAGCAGGUAAACUUGACACCAAUCUGCAGAUAAUGCGGUAAGGAAGUGUCAGCGCCGUUGUCUAACACUUCAAACCUACGUGCCCACCUCGGUGAACACCAUCCAGCAUCGUUCGCCCAAAUCAAGGUAAAAAACACGACCGCAACAAGUUUGGUCUACUCUACAGCUUAUUAUUGACGUUUGUGACGUUUCUGCUAACUUUAGCUCCAAAAAGCUAAUGCUCCCAACGUCGCGUUAGCUGCCUCUUGCUCAUAUUGUUUGUGCGUGUCAUGCUGUGCACAGAAAGGUGAUUUUGCAUAUUUCGAUAUUUUGGGCCACCAAUAUCGUGCCUAGUAACAACUGGAAUUUUUCGGGGGGUGAUUUUUAUACUGUCAGGUUUUCUAAGCCUUUAACAUGUUUGACACUGUCCUUCAGUGGGCCCUGAGUCAGAGCAACCCAUCCGCACUCAGGGAGACAGUUGUCGAGGUUCCCAACAUCACCUGGGAGGACAUUGGAGGUCUGGAUGAUGUCAAGAGGGAGCUGCAGGAGUUGGUGCAGGUAUGAACCUUUACCAAAAGUAAUGCCACGAAGAGCAUGAUUUCCUGAAAAUGUGACUUCUUUUCUUACAUUAUUUAUUUUGACCCCUCUGUUCAGUACCCAGUGGAGCACCCAGACAAGUUCCUCAAGUUUGGUAUGACCCCCUCCAAGGGUGUCCUUUUCUACGGUCCCCCUGGUUGUGGUAAGACACUGCUGGCCAAAGCUAUCGCCAAUGAGUGCCAGGCAAAUUUCAUCUCCAUCAAAGGACCUGAGCUGCUCACCAUGUGGUUUGGAGAGUCUGAGGCCAACGUCAGAGAAAUCUUUGACAAAGUAAGAAAGUUGUUUGUGUCUUUCAUGGAACUUUGGUGCAGAGAAAAUAUGUUGAUUUAUUAAUUAAUCUCUACUGAGUUAUUGCAACUAAAUCAACUGGACAUGAACUGAUACUUUCAGGCUCGUCAAGCAGCCCCCUGCGUCCUCUUCUUUGAUGAGCUGGACUCCAUAGCGAAGGCCCGUGGAGGUAACGUUGGAGAUGGCGGCGGAGCAGCUGACAGGGUCAUUAACCAGAUCCUCACUGAAAUGGACGGUAUGUCAAGCAAGAAGAACGUCUUCAUCAUUGGAGCUACAAACAGACCAGACAUCAUUGAUCCUGCCAUCCUGAGACCCGGGCGUUUGGAUCAGCUCAUCUACAUCCCGCUGCCCGAUGAAAAGAGCAGGAUGAGCAUCCUUAAAGCCAACCUCCGCAAGAGUCCCAUCAGCAAGGUGACAGUGCCACAAUCCAGUUUGACAGAAACAGAAAGGCGUCUGAGUGUUUGUCAGAUUAGUUUAGAUCUUCAAUAGAUAUUUUUGUCGAAGCAGACUUUGCCAUUACUGUUGUCAGUUGUAGGAUUCCACAAUGCUUCUUACAUAAACUGUCAACAUCUCCCAACUGAUGUAAAAGAGUCUGGGUUUGCUUUUUGAAAUGUAAUAAUUCACUUUUGGAGUCAACAGAGAAAAACAUAAAUUUGAUUUUAAAAUCGGAUCUGAACCAAGAAAUAAUCAAAACGUUUCCAAGCCUUAUACUUAUUUUAAAAAGUUUCUUUAUUUUGUUUUAAAGGAUGUGGACCUGGACUUCCUUGCAAAGAUGACCAACGGUUUCUCUGGAGCAGAUCUUACAGAAAUCUGCCAGCGGGCGUGUAAGCUGGCCAUCAGGGAGAGCAUCGAGAACGAGAUCCGCAGGGAGAGGGAGAGGCAGACCAACCCAUCAGCCAUGGUCAGUUCUGCCUCUGUCCCCUUGGUGACUUGCUGUGACUGCUUCAAAUGUUUGACUCUAAGUAACACCCAUCUGGGUUUUUUCUUCUGUAGGAGGUGGAGGAGGAUGAUCCUGUUCCCGAGAUCAGGAAGGACCACUUUGAGGAAGCUAUGCGAUUCGCUCGUCGCUCUGUCAGUGAUAAUGACAUUCGCAAAUAUGAGAUGUUUGCUCAGACACUGCAACAGAGCCGUGGCUUUGGAAGCUUCAGGUACAUUUUACUUAGAUCAUAUAUAAACAAAGAGUUGGUAUCUGUGAUGUUGAGCCUUGUGGUGUGAUGGCACGAAUAGGAAGUGUUACCUCUGCUUGUAUUUUCUCCUUACUAUUCACUCAAACAUCUGUCCUGGUUAGGUGCAGGUGCAGGGUUGAAAUUGACACGGGUGUUUUGAUGACUUGAAACCAACACACUCUCCAUGUUUCAGGUUUCCCUCCAGCGCUACAGGAGGCAGUGGUCCCAGUCAUGGGUCAGGAGGAACCGGCAGCGGUCCAGUGUUCAACGAAGACAACGACGAUGACCUUUACGGAUAA